CCUAAGCCCCGCCCCCAACGAGCCAGCAAGCGCAGUUCCCGGCCACGGCCCUUCCCAGAGCAGGCCCACCCCCGUUACAGAGCAGGCGCAGUCCUCCUGCCGUCCCGCCCCUCCUUUUCCAGAGCCCACCGUUCCUUAGAAACCAGGCUGCGCGUUCUCGGUGGCGGCGGGCUUGACUCCGGGGCCCGCGCAUCCCCGCGAGCCUCCUUCAAGGCAGAUACGUGGCCGCCGAGACCACUUUGGACCCGUGGUCACCAGUGCGGCACGCUGUGGGCGAUGCCAGCGUGCCAGGCUCUGUUGCCCAGGCUGGCGUGAAGUGGUGCCAUCACAGCCCAUUGCAGCCUUGACCUCCUGGACUCAAGAGAUCCUCCCACCUCAGUCUCCUCUCCUGAGUAGCUGGGACUACAGGAGCCAUGUUUGACCAGGACGUUGGGAAGGUCGUAUCCAUGCUGGAGGCUCUUGUGAGGAGAUGAGUGGGUGAAGAGAGAGGCUGGGAUGAAGAUGCUGCCAGGAGUGGGUGUGUUUGGGACUGGCAGCUCCGCCCGAGUUCUGGUCCCACUGCUAAGGGCUGAAGGGUUCACUGUUGAGGCCCUGUGGGGGAAGACCGAGGAGGAGGCGAAGCAGCUUGCUGAGGAGAUGAACGUCGCCUUCUACACCAGCCGGACCGAUGACGUCUUGCUGCAUCAAGAUGUGGAUCUGGUGUGCAUCAGCAUCCCCCCUCCACUCACCCGGCAGAUAUCCGUGAAGGCUCUAGGUAUUGGGAAGAAUGUGGUUUGCGAGAAGGCAGCAACAUCAGUGGAUGCCUUCCGGAUGGUGACAGCCUCAAGAUACUACCCGCAGCUGAUGAGCCUGGUGGGGAACGUGCUGCGCUUCCUGCCUGCCUUCGUGCGCAUGAAGCAACUGAUUUCGGAACACUAUGUGGGAGCAGUGAUGAUCUGUGAUGCCCGUAUCUACUCAGGCAGCCUGCUAAGCCCCAGCUAUGGCUGGAUCUGUGAUGAGCUCAUGGGUGGCGGUGGCCUGCACACCAUGGGGACGUACAUCGUGGACCUGCUGACCCACCUGACUGGCCGGAGAGCAGAAAAGGUACAUGGGCUGCUCAAGACGUUUGUGAGGCAGAACGCUGCCAUCCAUGGCAUCCGGCACGUCACCAGCGAUGACUUCUGUUUCUUCCAGAUGCUCAUGGGUGGGGGUGUGUGCAGCACAGUGACACUCAACUUCAACAUGCCGGGCACCUUUGUGCAUGAAGUCAUGGUGGUAGGCUCUGCGGGACGCCUCGUUGCCCGAGGAGCCGACCUCUAUGGGCAGAAGAACUCUGCCACACAAGAGGAGCUGCUGUUGAGGGACUCGCUGGCUGUGGGCACAGGGCUUCCUGAGCAGGGGCCCCAGGAUGUCCCACUGCUGUACCUAAAGGGCAUGGUGUACAUGGUGCAGGCCUUGCGCCAGUCCUUCCAGGGGCAGAGUGACCGCUGCACCUGGGACCGCGUCCCUGUCUCCAUGGCCGCCUCCUUCGAGGAUGGGCUGUACAUGCAGAGCGUGGUGGAUGCCAUCAAGAAGUCCAGCCGAUCCGGGGAGUGGGAGGCUGUGGAGGUGCUGACGGAAGAGCCUGACGCCAACCAGAACCUUUGUGAAGCGCUUCAGCGGAACAACCUAUGAGCCUGCACCUGGGCUCCUUGCCAUAGUACAGAGGGACCAGGGAGGGGAACAGGAGCCAGACAUGAUGGGGGCUUGGCCCUAGCAGAGACAGUGUCUUUCAUUUAAUGAAUCUAGGUGAAGCCAUAGGUGGUCCUGGGACUUCGCCCACCCCCAUCCCAGCAGCUCACCUGCUCCUUAGACUUGCAGGGUGGCAAACAUUCCUGUUGCCAGGCUAGCACGGCGUGCACAGGGUAGAGCUGUCGCAGGGUCUCCCCAUGGCGAUGCCAGUGAGUGGGACCAGGAGAGGCUCAUCCUGUGGGUUUUUCAGCCUGAUCUACAGUCCUAACAGGGUGAGAAUGCACAACAGGGGCCAGGCAGCUCAGCUAAGGCCCGAGGAGAAAUGACUAGAAGUCUCAUUUCCAUGUCCUUCUUGGACUGGGGCAUCUCAGGAACGGUGAGGGCAACAAGCUGACCCUCAGGGACCCUUACCUGCCCUCCCAUGUUACCAGCCCCUUCCCAGGUGGGGACAAGGGCUUGCUUUAUUAAGUGAGCUGUCGGGCUUUUGAACUAGGGCAGAGGGCCCUGAUUUGGCAAAGAGGAGGCAAGGGAGGGCUUUAGAACAUCUGAGAAAUGUUAAUAAAUAAUUCAGAAAAUAGGA